AAUUCUCCUCCUCUUUUCCUUCCUCUUCUGCAGCGCCAGCGCCAGCGCCGACCGAACCCAACGCCAACGGCACGGCAAGCCAAGCGAAGCGGAGCAAGGGUUUGCUCGCCCCACACCCGUCCCGCGGCCGAGGCUCUGCUUCUCAUCGUGACAAGCCUGGCGAACUGCCAUGGACCUGGUGGGAUCCUUGCUCCUGAGCAUGGCACGUCUGCUUGACCCAUCCGGUCUCCACUUCGUGGGCUGGCUCGUCACCGCGGGCUCCAUUGGUCUUGCCGCACUCAUCUACGCUCUCCUCAGGCUGCAGCGUGAGGCGGCGUUGUACUGGACCAAGGCGACCAGGGAGAAGCGUGCCGCAUGGAGGAGAUUGCGGUGCCCUAGCUCCUGCCACUCGUGGUCUGAGGACUACUUCCACGGUGGCCAGCCAUCGACAUGCUGCGUUUGCCUGUCGUCCCUUGGCUCCACGCAGGGCGUCGACAUGGUUCACCGCUGCUCUGUUUGCGGCGUGGCUGCACACUCAAACUGCUCUCCCCGUGCAGAGAAGGAUUGCAAGUGCGUUGCACAGGCUGGCGCUUCGCCCUUGCUGCAUCACUGGUCUGAGAGGUGGGUGGAGCUGGAUGACAACCCGGAGAUAUCCUCCUCCUGUUACUACUGUGAUGAGCCGUGCGGUGUGCCUUUCCUUGGAGUCUCUCCUAUAUGGCGUUGCCUGUGGUGCCAGCGGCAGAUCCAUGUUGAUUGCCAUGCAAAACUGUUGAAGGAAACCGGAAACACUUGUGAUCUUGGCCUUCUCAGGAGGCUUAUAGUUCCUCCCCAAUCAGUGAAAGAAAUUGGUCAAGGUUCAGGAAUUAGUGGAAUGCUGAACUCAAUCAAGGACGGGUUUGCCAAUUCAACAGUUGGGAACCGUAGGAGGUCACGCAACAAGAAGCGCAUGAAUAACCAUCCUGGUGGCAAGAUAAAUUCCAUUCCCACAAAAUUCUCAGUCAUUGAUUCAGUGCUUGAAGGAUUUGCUAGAUUGAAGGGCCUGGAUGGGAAGUAUGCACUAGCAAAGCCUUUAUCUCAACAUUCUGUAAAGCAAACAUAUCGAUCUGUUAUUCCUAAUGGACGAGUCAGAAAGUAUGAACUUGUUGAUUUGCCACAAGAUUCAAGACCACUGCUGGUAUUCAUCAAUGGCAAGAGUGGAGGUCGAAAUGGACCUUCUCUUAGAAGAAGGCUGAACAUGUUGUUGAAUCCAAUACAGAUAUUUGAGCUAAGUGCUUCUCAGGCACCUGAAGUUGGAUUACAACUAUUCCACAAUGUGAAACACUUCAGAAUCCUUGUUUGUGGUGGGGAUGGAACUGUAGCAUGGGUUCUUGAUGCUAUUGAAAAGCAGAACUACGAAUCUCCUCCCCCUGUCGCCAUUCUUCCUCUCGGAACUGGAAAUGACCUAUCACGUGUUAUGCGCUGGGGAGGGGGUUUAUCUUCUGUUGAACGACAAGGAGGCAUAUAUGCACUUUUAAAUGAUGUUGACCAUGCAGCUGUUACAGUGCUUGAUCGCUGGAAUGUAACCAUCAAAGAGAAGAAUGGAACAGAAGGUGAAUGCACCAAGCAAAUAAAAUUUAUGACUAAUUAUUUAGGUAUUGGAUGUGAUGCAAAGGUUGCUUAUGACUUCCACACCACUAGGGAGGAAAAACCAGAUAAAUUUUGCAGUCAGUUUGUCAACAAGCUUAUAUAUGCUAGAGAGGGUGCAAAGGAUAUGAUGGAUAGGUCAUGUUCUGAUUUACCGUGGCAUGUUAGCCUUGAGGUUGAUGGGAAAAACAUUGAAAUUCCGGAGGAUGCAGAAGGUGUGAUUGUAAUGAAUAUCCCUAGCUACAUGGGUGGUGUGGAUCUGUGGCAAAACGACAAUGACCAUAAUGAUGAUUUCAGAUUGCAAUCAAUCCAUGACAAAAUACUUGAGGUGGUUUGUAUAUCCGGGACAUGGCAUCUAGGCAAACUGCAGGUCGGACUUUCAAGGGCACACCGGUUAGCCCAAGGAAAAGUUAUAAGAUUACACCUCCACAGUUCAUUCCCUGUGCAGGUUGAUGGUGAACCAUGGAUCCAGCCACCUGGGUGCCUUGAGAUAUCUCAUCGUGGACAGAUGUUCAUGCUAAGGAGGACAUCUGAAGAGCCUACUGGACAUGCUGCCGCAAUCAUGAGUGAGGUGCUCGUGAAUGCAGAGUGCAAUGGUGUGAUUGACGCCUCUCAGAAGAGAUUGCUUCUCCACGAGAUAGCACUCCGUUUAUCCUCCUGAGACUAUCCAGUCCAGCAACCCUCACCUCACAAGGCUAACUCAUUCUGUACCCUUUGAUGCCAAACCUAUCGUCUCUGUUGAGAAAUCCCUUUGCACAGACGUAAACUGCUAUGGUAGAGUUGGUGUAUACAAUACAAAGAGAUAGAAGGUGUAUACAAUACGAGGAAAUAGAAGUUUCCUUUUGUAUUUGGCUGUACCUUUUGAGAUAGGUCAUCUACUUCUUUGUGGCUGGUUUCAUCAGAACAGCUGUUGAAGAAUUUUGUAGCGCAGAGCCACUAUAACCGCAACUAGGGCUCAAUGAAAUGUAACUAGAGUGGAUGUGAAUGUUUUGUUUGCAAAGAUAUUGAUGCAACUGUUAUCACACUUCAUGAGAAGACCUGAAUUUCGCUAAGGGGCCAUUUUGAUCCUUUUAUUUUGAAGGAAUUGGAAUUUACUUCAAAGAGUAGGUUAUUUAGUUUGUAAUUUGACAUUCAAUCACUUUCCAGAUUUUAUAUAUAAGUCUAUCUCAAAUUUAUAG